GCUCGAUUCGCAUGCCCGCCAUCGCCCUCACCCUAGCGCUCACCGGCGCGCCACUAGGAUGGCUCUGCUGGCGCUGCGGUCACGGCUCGCGUCGAUUUUGGGAGGCGCCCACUUCUUGCGCCUGUGAUCUCGGCUGGGAAGGAGCUUGCUGCGACGUGCGAUCGGGCUACGCAGAGGGGCCGUUCGCGCUGCACCGGAUCCGCAACGAUCAGGUCGAGCACGAGCUCUCGUAUGCUCGCACCGGGUCGGCGAUCCCGGCGUCGCUGCACGGGAUCUGGUGGAUGGACCAGCGAGGCGUGCACCUCCCGCAGCCUUCCGAUCCCGAGUACAGACAGGUCGUUGAGAGCUCGGCCGACGAACUGCUCGUCACGUGGGGUGACGGCGCGGGUUGGGACCCUGCCACGCGAUGCGUCGGUCGCGUGCCAAUCUAUGGAGGCGCAGCGGGCCACUGGACGUUCAUGGACGUUUCCGCAAGCGGCACGAGCGGUGUCUUUAGCUCGGCGCUGGACAACCGAGCGAUGCUCGACUUCUGCUUCACCGACAAUACCAUGCAGACCAUCGACCUGCAUCUCUACGUUAAGGCCUCUUCCAUCGUGGGUAGCGCUCCCUCCGAUGCUUACGUCGAGCUUCCGAUGUGGGCCUUUCACAUGAGCAUGGAGCGCCGCCCGUGGGGAUGGGACCGGGUCACGCGAGUGCUCGACGCCGCCGCGCUGCUCUCCUCCCUGCCGCCGGGCCUGCUCUCCUCCCUCUCUGCCGUCGAGGCGCACUAUCCCGUCUUUCAGAUCGUCGAUGGGGACGGACAGCGCACAGAGCACUAUCCGGCCUACCUUGCUUGGGCGGAUAGCCCCGACUCCUGGCCCGCUUAUAACCGGAGUGCCUGCGUCGACCCCCACAUGGGUGGCGAGAUCUCCUCAUUCUGGUGCCCGCUGAAUGCCGGCAACGGCACGCAGCUUGUGGGACGCAAGGCAACCAAACCUGUUGUGUGCGAGACAACUCAGCCGCCAGCCCGGGUGACGCUCACUGCCGAGGGGUCCAUCUACUGCUACGAGGUCGAGUCGGCUUCCUACGCAGAGGGCUGCAUGCUAGGCGCGGCCGAGCCCCACGUCGUUGCCGUGUGGCCUGCUUCGCUGCUUGGCGAGAAAGCGAUCCUAAGGAGCAUCGAGGACGAGGGCUCCUGCGUCGAGCGAGGCUACACCGCGGUCAUCAUGAAGAGCGACCCGUUCUACCAGGGCGUCGACAUCUACGCCGCGCCCGGCACGAGCAUCCUGCAGCCAACAGUCGACAUGUGGCGCCUCGCCAGCGACGCCCUCCGCGUGGGCGACUCUGCUUGGACGACGUAUGCCUGGGCUUGGGCGAUGACCUGGAUCUGGCUCGUGACACCCGCCGCUAUCGUCGACGUCGAUUGGUGGAUACCCGCCACGGAGGAGGCUCUCGCAGCGUGCACCCCCGAUAUCGAGAGGGCGGCCACAGGCUGCUGAAACAGGCUCAUGCUCCUGCUUAUUGUGGAGUCGUCGCAUCCAUGUGUUCGUGGUACAAUAAUGUACGGCGAUAUGGCGUCGUGUACGCGUGUACGAAGCUAACCAUGUCACCGUUUUUGCGUUUCCCCUUAUUUUGUGUCUGUCGAGAUGGAGGUGGGGAGACGGCUAGUGAGUUGAAGUACUGAGUUUUACGGA